CUGCCUCCGCUGGCAGGAUCUGCCCUGCCUGCCUGCCUGUGCUGUACAAAGGCCCCUGGGCCGAGGAUGCUGAGGCUGCCACGGCUUUUCCUGCAGGUUCUGCAUCCACCAGCUCAUGCCUCCUUCCCUGCAACGUUCGUGGGGGGGAGCCGGCCCCGGCUGGGCCCUGAGCCCCGGUCGGGCGGCGGGCAGGCGCCGGGGCGGGGAGCGGGGGGAGCGACUAUGGGUCCGUCUGGACGCAGACGGUCGCCCCGCCCGGGGUGGAAGCUCGGCUGUUAUUGGUUGGUGAGGAGACGGCAGGCUGUCACGACGUUUGCUAUUGGCUGCGACGCACCAGCGCCUCACGCGCUCCGGCUUCUCCCUUUUGUUAUUGUAGCAAACAAGUUGCGAAGCGGCGGCAGGAGCGGGCAGGGCUGCGGGCAGCGGGCUGCAGGCAGCUGGAGGAGAUGCAGCGGGAGCCGGGGCCCGAGUGAGGAGAGCCGGGCGGUGGCGGGGAGCAGCGCAAUGUCCCUCGGCGCGCCCACGAGCAGCGACGCCUGCCUGAGCAUCGUGCACAGCCUGAUGUGCCACCGGCAGGGCGGGGAGAACGAGACCUUUGCCAAGCGGGCCAUCGAGAGCCUCGUCAAGAAGCUCAAGGAGAAGAAGGACGAGCUUGACUCGCUCAUCGCCGCCAUCACCACCAACGGUGCCCACCCCAGCAAGUGCGUCACCAUCCAGCGCACCUUGGACGGGCGGCUCCAGGUGGCUGGCAGGAAGGGGUUCCCCCACGUCAUCUAUGCCAGGCUCUGGCGCUGGCCCGACCUACACAAAAACGAGCUGAAACACAUCAAAUUCUGCCAAUUUGCCUUCGACCUCAAGUACGACAGCGUCUGCGUCAACCCUUACCACUACGAGCGCGUGGUGGCCCCCACCAUCGGUCUGAGCAUCCAGAGCACAGUGCCCCCCACGCGCCUGGUGAAGGAGGAGUUUGUCCAUGACUGUGUGCAGAUGGAGGUGCCGCCCGGCCGGGAGCAGGGGGCCAAGCGGGCGCCGCAUCUGCCCCCUGCUGAGCCAUACCGCCAGCCGCUGCCCCCCCUGCAGCUCCCUGAGUCCCCCCAUGUCCCCAGGAGCCUCUACCCUGCGCUGCCCAUGUCACCCCCAGUGGCCCCUGGCAGCUCCCUGCUCUCACUGCCCCACGGCGAGGGGCUGCUGCAGAUCGCCUGCCCCACACCGCCCCCGGUCGCCCUGGCGCAGCCCCCCCUGCAGAACGGCUACCCCAAGCUGCCCUACCACAGUUCACCGACAAGCUGGACUGGUGCAGCUGUCUAUGCACCGAGCCUGGGGGGGCCGCAGCCCAGCAGCCAGAACCAUCCGCAGCCCCCAUUCCACCACCCCAACCACUACUGGCCCCCACACCAUAGCUCCGGGCCGUACCAGCAACCAGUGUCUACCCACCCGGGGCCAGAGUUUUGGUGCUCCAUCACCUACUUUGAGAUGGAUGUGCAGGUGGGGGAGAUCUUCAAGGUGCCAUCCAGCUGCCCUGUGGUCAUCGUGGACGGUUACGUGGACCCCUCGGGGGGGGACCGCUUCUGCCUGGGGCAGCUCUCCAAUGUGCACCGCACCGACGCCAGCGAGCGGGCCCGGCUGCACAUCGGGAAGGGCGUGCAGCUGGAGUGCCGGGGCGAGGGCGACGUGUGGAUGCGGUGCCUGAGCGACCACGCCGUCUUCGUGCAGAGCUACUACUUGGACCGGGAAGCUGGGAGAGCCCCCGGGGACGCUGUGCACAAGAUAUACCCCGGUGCCUACAUCAAGGUAUUUGACCUGCGCCAGUGCCACCGCCAGAUGCAGCAGCAAGCGGCCACGGCCCAGGCUGCAGCUGCCGCUCAGGCUGCUGCUGUAGCCGGCAACAUCCCAGGUCCCGGCUCAGUGGGAGGCAUCGCACCCGCCGUGGGUGAGUGA